AAUGGAAUCUUGUAGCGUUCCUCCGGGAUUUAGGUUCCAUCCGACGGACGAAGAGCUUGUCGGGUACUAUCUAAGGAAGAAAGUGGCAUCGCAAAAGAUCAAUCUCGAUGUCACUAGAGACAUCGAUCUCUACAAAAUUGAACCAUGGGAUCUACAAGAGCAAUGCCGUAUCGGGUAUGAAGAACAAAAUGAAUGGUACUUUUUUAGUCACAAGGACAAGAAAUAUCCUACGGGGACAAGAACUAACAGAGCGACCAUGGCUGGAUUUUGGAAAGCCACGGGAAGAGAUAAAGCUGUUUAUGACAAAACAAAACUAAUUGGGAUGAGGAAAACCCUUGUGUUCUACAAAGGACGUGCUCCUAAUGGCAAGAAAUCUUAUUGGAUCAUACAUGAAUAUCGGCUCGAGUCAGAUGAGAAUGCACCUGCGCAGCCGUAUCAUCAAUUUAUUCAGCUCCCGCAGCUCCAAAGCCCUUCUUCUCUUCCGGUCAUGAAAAGGCCAUCGAGCUCGAUGUCCAUAUUAUCAAUGGACAACAAUAAUAACUACUUAACCUCAUUGGAUAAUGAAGCAAGCUUCGAUUCAUUAAUAAGCGGAGAGAAUAAGAAGAAAAAGACGAAGCAAGUAAUGAUGACGGGAGAUUGGCUAGAACUAGAAAAAUUUGUUGCUUCCCAACUUAUGAGCCAAGAAGAUCAUGGAGCUUCAGAUUUAAUUGGUCAUCAUAUGAAGCAUGAAGAAAUGGAGAUGGACUCGUCCAUGUUGAACGAGAGAGAAGAAGAGAACAGGUUCACUAGUCAGUUCUUGAAUCAUGACUGUAUGAAUUGUGAAGGAACUCUGGGGUUUAAUUAUAGUUUUAGAGAUGAUCAUUAA